AAUUAUUUUGCACAAUAAUGUGCUUGAGAGAUACAUGUAUUUUGAAAAACACUGUUAACAUACAUGUAAAGGCAGUAGUGUUUGGAAAAACUUCUAUUUCCCCCCCCCCAUAUAUGUAUGUCAGUAGUUAAUACGGGUGAUUCACAAUUUGGUGCGCCACCAAGAGGGCAACAGGGAAAGGCCAAAUUCUCAUGUUUUGGUCGACAACUUUUCAAGAUGGCGACCGUUGUUGCUAGCGGCGGCGCUCGUGUUGUUGACUUUAAGAGACUAGCCGCGAAAGAAUUACAUAAGUUUCUGAUUGAAAGAGGAAUUCCUGCGCUGGACUAUGGAGAGGGGACCUGAUAAAAUUUGCAGAGAAAUUUGGAGACAAAUAUCCAGUCCUUGAAGAGUGUGACCAUGAUGAAUCAGAGCCAAAACUACAAAGAGUUGUUGGUGAGAAUGGGGAGAUCACAGACUUGAAUGGUCUUCAAGUUUCGUAUUCAGCUGACCUCCGUAACAUUCCGUGCGUCAGCUUGGGUGAUGUUUUUGCCUACCUGGUGAAACAGUGUGAGUGGAAUCCUGAGCGGCUCACCAGCUACCGGCAGGAUGAUGGCUUUCUGAUGUUCAAAGACGGGCAUGUCGAGGACAUCUUACUUGGAGAAAUUCAAGGCCACUCCUCCCAUGUUUACAUCCAGGCAUCGGUGAAGCCAGAGCAGAGACAAACACGGCAGCGAUACAAGACCUUGCUGCUGCUGUCAAUGUCAGCCAGCAUAAAGUCAGCUGGAUGUGGUUGUGUAGCUGCUGAUGAAGGUACCUGCAAGCAUGCAAUUGCUGUACUUUUUGCAUUGUCAGACUACAUCAAAAGAAACACUGACAAGGGGACAGCUGUUGGCACAGAUGAGCCUUGCUCACGGACGAAACCUCGAAGAGCCUCCAGGCCAGUGAGAGUAGAGGAGCUGGACUUCCGUGCAGAAAAACAGACUCUCAGAAAACCUGGCCCACUUCCUGAGAAUUACAUGCCACUGGGUUGGUGCAGAAAGCAGCCCAGAUGCACUUUACCUGAAACUGGUUGAAGAGCCGCCAGCACCUUUGACAUCUCUCGUGCCGUCAGUGUCUGACCUUCACACCAUGUACAAGGCUGAAUCAAAUGAUGAUGUGUCCUUCAUUGCAUACCUCAGACAGAACACUUCCAUACAACAAGUAGAUGCCCUAAGAAGUUUGGAUCAAUCAGACCCAGCAUGGUUUGCAGCAAGAAGGGGGCAAAUAACUGCAAGUGUGGCAGAUUCCAUUCGAUCUUUGAAAGACGUUCAUAACUGCCGCACCUUAGUUGAUAAAAUUUUGGGCCAGGACAAGCCAUUUAAGUCAUGUGCUAUAGAUUUUGGAAAAGAAAAUGAACAUGUAGCCAGGCAACUUUACAUUGUAAAUGAACUGAAAGCACACAAGAACUUCGAGGUAAACACCUGUGGUCUUGUGUUAAAUAACGACUUGCUAUUUAUGGGUGCCUCACCAGAUGGUGUUGCAAGCUGUUCCUGCCAUGGAGAGAAGCUUGUUGAGAUCAAGUGUUCAUAUAAGCAUAGAGGCAUUCCUGUGAAAGCUAUUCCAACACGGAAUACACGGUUCACGCAUGAACCAGUGUGACUUAGUUGUAUAUACUCAUAAAGGAAUAACAUCCAUCCCUGUAAUGUUUGAUUCACAGAUGUGGGAACUCUUGAAAAAGAAAGCAGAACUUGUGUUCACUCAUGGUUUUACAUGCAGUGAAGAAUAAAGUAUAUACAUGCAUGUUACAAGCAGAAUUCCAGGCUUGGCAUCAGCAUUUUAGGCCAGUAAUUGCAUGGUUGUCUUUUUUUUUUAUUUUAUUUUGACUCCGUCAUGGCUGAAAUUAUUUAUGAAAGGACCUAAAUACAUGCUUAUUAGUAUGAUGAAACCACAAGGUUUGUGGCUUGACUGGAAAACAGAGAACAGAAGUGCAUCAAUAUUUCUUGAACAUCAAUGUGUAUUCUUAACUUACUACCGCAUAAAUUAAUAUGUAAACAAAGAAAUGACCUGUGUGAGAAGCCAUUGUUUUAUUAUUUCAUAUUUUUCAUGAAUUUCUGUGGGACAUAUAAAUAAAUCUCCACAAUCUUAUACUUGGGUUUAAACUUUGGAA